GAGAUACCCUGACAUCAUGGACAUAGUUUACAGAGAAGUGUUCGUGGUGUGAUUUACUUCGCUAGCUUCUGCGCUCUGGUGAGAACUAGUAGUAGUACAUUGGGUCCCUGCCCGGCCGUGGAGGGUACACUUGUCGUUGGUGAAUUGUUCCCUGCAAAAUGGUACAGCUGGUUCCUCCUAACUUUUCGAAGAUUUAGAGUUUGACCUGUUCUCUUUACUGGAAUUCGUAUUGUUCCAUCUUCCUUGGGGGUAGUGUUUCAAAGAUUGAAGCAGACAUGUCUUUUCUGGCGCGUUCCCAAUACAUCCCACGCUUUGCAAGAGCUGGCAGGCCUGUGUCAAUCUCAUGUGUACGAUUGGCAAGUUCAACUUCACCGCCAGUGCCACCUUCUUCAGCAGGCACAGGUCAUAAGUCACCAGGCGAUGCACCACCUACAGCACCCGCCCCGCAACGCGUAGCAACAAACAGCAAUGGGCCUUCAGGUGCACCAGCCCCACAGCCAGCUCCUAGUUCCUCCACAGCAUCAUCAUCAUCCCCAUCGUCGUCCUCCUCGUCGUCUUCAUCAUCUUCGGGUAACAGUGGUAAUGGUGGUGCGCCACCACCUCCCCCUGAUCCUCCCAAAGUCAGUCUCUUGGAAAGGUAUCGGGUUCUGUUCAUUGGAACGCUGGCCGUGAUCAGUGUGUCAUUGGUGCUGCCCAACUUCAUUGCUUACCAAGCUGUGCAAGAUGCUCGCAAGAAGAGAGACAGCAAUGGCCUGCCCAGAAGCUCACCCUCAUCCAGUAAUGAAGAGGAAACCUUUGCCUCCGAACGUUCCGUUUCCGACUAUCAGAAUUCCAGCAAGGUGACGCCGGUAUUGGCCACUUCAGUGGCAGCAGUGAGCACUGGAGCCAUGCUUGCUGAUUCUGAUACUGCUCCAGCAGAAGUGGUUACCAGCGAUGACGGCGACGAGACCAAGGGUGCUGCCGGUGGCGCCGCCAGUUCACGCUCCAGUGCCCAGUCGAAGAGCGAAAAUAAUGCCGUCGCCGCUGACUCCACGUAUGUGCAGUCCGAGAAUGCCACCACACCUGCUGAGCAGGACACGGGAAAGUCAUCCGAAUCACCGGCUGACUCACAUGCCCAAUCGGUCACCGAGUCUACCCAGACCGACAAGGCUGCGACUGACAAGGUGCAUGGUGGCAUGAACGAACAAGAACUCGAGGCGCUCGCCACCCAGCUCAAACAGAAACUAGAAUCUUCCAAGAAGGAGGCAGUACAGAACGUGGACGAUGCAUUGGUGAAUGUGAAUGAAGUUGUUACUCUGGCUCAGGGCCUCUAUAAGUCGGCUGUUGACAGCAUCAAAGAGCUGACAAUGCGUAAUUUCAGAUCCAUUGAGAUCAUGGUGAAGGGCGAUGCUAGCGAUGUCCUGGCAGAGAAUGAAGCCAGUAUCAAUCAACUACGCCAGGAACUUGCAGACUGCCAGAGCAAGGUUGAAGAUGUCUGUACCAAUUUGCCUGCCCGGGUUGCCGCCUUAGACCGGGCAGCAUCCGUUGUUCAGGCACAGGGUGACGUUGCCGCGGCGAAUGCGGCCAGUCAGCAGGCGAGUGAUGCACUGAAGUCGCUGCAUGCCGAAGCAGAGCAGGUAGCACAGGCUCGGGCAGAUCUGGCUGUGAUGGAGGAGUACUAUCGCCAAGUGAAGGAUCGUAUUGCACGCUACCAACAGCACAUGUCUAGUCUGCAAUCUGCUCAACUAGAGAUCCUGCACAAAGCGGCUAAAUCUGAAGAUGAGACCGAGUCUUCCAAUGAUCAGCAGCAGCAGAGUGUCUACGGACGCGAUGUACAGACAUUGCUCUCUUACGCUCAACAGCGCGUGGAUGUCAUGGAGCAGAAGCUCUCAUCGGGACAGGAGCGCCAGGCCAAGGACGUCACUGUCCUUCUGGAGCAGCAGCGUGCUGAAGAUGCACGUGUCAUGCAGCUGAAGCUGGAUCACUUGCGCCAGCAAAUGGAGCGCGAGCAUGCUGAAGACCUACAGGCCAAGGAUGUUGAGGCGCGGUACCGCCUGGAAGAGGAGCUCAAGUUGCAGAUGAAGCGCCAGGCAGCGGCGCACACGGAUCACUUGCAGUCCUCACUGCAGACCCAGGCCAAGCAGUUGACCGAUGACUGGCGCUGGGAGCUGGAGUUGGAGCUGCGUGCCCAGGCCGUACACCACGACCGUUCAGUGCAAGCCUUGUCCUCACAAGUGCAGCAUGCCCGUGACCUGCUGCUGAGUACAGCUGACACUGUGCAGUCUAACCAUAGCUCACACAAGCUCUGGCAGACGUGUAGUUCCCUGUGCGACAGCAUGGCCAACGCCAAGGCAUGCCCAGCGCUGCGCCCAUUCGUUGACGAUGUUCGCACGCAGGUAGGUGGCGAUAGUUUCAUCUCUGCUGCCCUCGACUCGAUACCUGCACCAGCUCUGGACACCACCUUGCAAAGUGAACCUAUUCUCCGCCAGCGCUACGAAACCCUUCGCCGCAACUGCCAACGAGUUGCAAUGGUCCCAGAGGAUGCUGAGAAUGGAUUCUGGACAUACUCUAUGUCGUACGUUCGCUCCUGGUUUGUCUUUCCACGCCGUAACCUGUCCUUGGAUACCGUCGACCUCUCGAGCAUGGAUACCAUUGAUUUGUUGGCCCUGUGCGAUAGGGAAAUGAGAGAAGGUAGCUUUGAAGUGGCUGUCCGUGUGCUCAAUCAGCUGCGUGGCCAGCCACGUGUGCUUGCCCAGGACUGGCUAGAUAAGGCAAGGCUGCUGCUGGAGACACGCCAGGCGCUUGCUCUCAUCCAAUCGCAGCUCCUGCUGGGUGCGUCACCUUCCUCUGCUGGCCUGUAGUGCAUCACGCAGCUUGGCACGAUGAAAUCUGCCAGCGCGUCUUUAGCUGCGGUAAGCAUACUUGCUGUGUCUGUUUGUAUGCUUUGUUUAGUGCUGGUGUGUAUUCAGUGUUGCUAUACCCUUUCCUUUUCCUCUUCCCUGUUGGUACUCCAGUAUGGUAGUAGUAUUCAGUAAUGAAGUUGUAAUGUUUUGACUCGUCCAUGGAUAUGUAUCUCUUGCCUAUAUCAUAGACCAAGCUACUUCGCGCCGGGAGUAGUUGCUUGUACAUAGAGUUUGCUCCGCUACUUGUACAAAUCAUGUGCCGCCGUUCAUUGCUAUCUUCAGCAUGCAUAUCCGCUUUUAUGUUGUACAUUCCCUCACACUCCUCCCUCCCAUGAGUUGCUGUUAUUUUCUGAUGAGAUUUGCUAUGAUUUUUUGCUCACUGAUAAGUAAUCAGUUUGGAAUG